UCACGGGGCCGGUGCGCGUGCAGCAGCUGAGCUCGCGCCGCGGCCGGGUAGAGUAGAGGAGGCGGAGGAAGGACAGGGAAACUCCAGCCAAAACUCUGCCCAGUUUCACGCUUUGUUUUACACAAACAGCGGCUUUUAAAGAGGUCAACGCCGCCGUCGCUGCCGAACACGACGCCGGAGUGUGUGUCCGAGCCGGGACUCGACUUCGGCCUGCGAAGGAAGUUGACGGUGUAUCGGGUGAACUUGUCGCGGGUCGCGGAGCUAAUGUUGUUGUUGUGGUGGUAGUGGUGGAUGUUAGCGACGAGACAACAGCAGCAGCAGCAGCAGGAGGAGGAGUGUUGACCCAGCUCGUUUUACCCGACAAACCGGGACAAACGCGAAGAAGGAGCAGCGACAUGGCCGAGGCUCGGUCCGAGGAAGAGGAGGAAAACAUGAGGGACACCCGGGAACAAGUGGUCCGGCGGCAGCCCCGUACCUCCGGAGGUCGUCCCGGCAGACGUAAACCAGAGCAUCGUCUCAGUCAAGGUCCACUGUCGUCCAUCAGAGCGGUCAUCAAAAGAACGUCCACCAGGCCCACGUCUGUCUCAGAGACGUCCAGAGAAAGAGACCGAGAGCGGGACAGAGACAGGAGGCGACCAGAGAUCACCAUCCUGUCUGCAGAGCCUCUGACCUCCGUGUCCUGGUUCCCCGGAGCCUCUGGAGGAUUCCCGCCUCCCCCUCCUCCCGCCGCACAGAUCUGGGGAUCCACCAUCCCUCCGGCCAUACAGCCUCCUCCUUCCUAUGAGGAGGUAAUCAGAGAGAAGACACAGGAGCAGGUUCUCCUGCCCCCGUCGCUGCCGCCGCCCUCUUCCUCCUUCUCCUCCUCCUCUUCCUCCUCUUGCUCCUCCUCUUCCUCGUCACGUCCCACGUCCACUAUAACCAUUGCCACACAGACGGACACAGGCUCCGCUCCGGCCCCUGGAGACGACGGCGUGCAGCUGAGGCGACCGGUGAGACCGCCGCGACCGUCUUUCCCCUCCCCGCCCACAUCGUCUCACACUGAUGACAUCACCACCAGCCUAUCAGCACUCGCCUCCGUCAGCAGUGACGCAGACCUGUUCUCACGUUUGACUCCGUCCACCUGCUCUCACACCAAGCGCUCACUAGCUCCUCACCCUGCUGCCGGCUUGGGGCGCCCUAGACCACGCCCUCGCUCUAAGCUCAACCUCCAGCCAGUCAGUGGCGGCGAAGUCCAAGUCCAGACUUUGGUGAAACUGCGUGAUGACGGUUUGGCCACGUUAGCAGCCCGCGCUGUAGCCGAACCUGCCACCAGAGGAGGAGUCAGUCAGGGGAAGUACCUGCAGGAGCUGCUUGAGGCCUUCAGCUCCGACGACUGGGGCUUCCCCGAAUGCCACAGCGGCAGCAGCGGCCAAUCAGAGAGCGAGGAAGAAGAGGAGGAAGACGGCGAGGACAUGGCGGCUCUGAAAGAGAGGAUACAAGCCUUCGAGCAGCAGGUGGCCAAUGAAAGCUGUGGCGACGCUGACGGCAAAGACGCCGUGACAAAGAGACCCGAACCCCGGCCACGCCCUCGUCUCCAGGGACAACAGGCCAAAUCGGCCCCGCCCACCGUCGCACCGAAGCCCAAGAACUUCCCACAAGCUCCAAAACCGUCCAGCAAAGUUUUCUGGGAAGACGCAGGGUCAGCGGAGGCCGAACCACAGCUGGUCAGGACUGCCGAAAAACCCACACUCGCACCGAAGCCGCAGUCCCCCACCGAAACACUCCUGCCGUCUGUCUCCGCCCCUCUCCCCGCUCCCAGGCCCCCUCCACCAAAACUCACCCACUCCCUCAGUGAAGUGUCUUCCUCCUCCUCAUCCACUACAAACCCCAGACUUCCUCCCAGACCCGCGGUCGCCCCCAGAGGAAACCUGGAUAAAAGCUCCCCGACCCUUCCCCCACGACCCUCAGUGGAGGUCAGCAGCAGAGCGAAGGCGGAGCCUCCGGCUGAUGAGACGCAGGCAACUGCCAAUCAAACUGUGAGAGAAGGAAGUGUUCGUCUCAGUGUCGCGACCAAACCGGCUGCUGUGACCUCACCACGCAGAGCCAGUGCUCCGACUCUGGCUCCCAAACCCACUGGAGCUCCUUCCCAAACGUCUCCAGAUCCAAACCCACUUCCGGCCAAACCUGCAGGACCCGUGACCCUGAAACCUGCUGCUCCAGCUCCGGCCAAACCUCCAGCUCCAGCUCAGAGGAAGAACCCGGUGAUAUCAGUCAAAGCAGAGAGUUCCAGCGCUGACCCUCCUCUUCCUCCACGGCCGUCUAGUGUUAAGCUCCUCCCCCUUCGCCCUCCACCGAUCAAAUCCAUUCCAGAGCGACCUCCACCUCCAGCCGUCACCUCCACCUCCACCUCGGCUCCGCCGCCUUCCGUGGCUAGCCCCGCCCCUGGAGUGUCACCAGCCAGUCAGUGUUCACCCUCACAGACUCCUCCUCAUCCCACGUCUGUAACAGCCAAUCAGCAACAAAGAGUCCCAAAGAAAGGACCACCUCUGCCCCCGAGACCAAAACCUGGACAUCCACUUUACAGCAGCUACACGAAGCAGGAAGUCCUGAUCGUACUGGACGACCCCAGUCCUGCACCUCCAGAGGAUCAAACCCCCGCCUCUCCUGUCACCAGCUUGUCUCAGUGUCUCCUGGCCAUGGACACGCAGCCAGAGCCAGGUGUCCACCAGGACUGCGAGGGUAAACCCAGCCUGGACCUGAACCUCGACCUAUCACAGUCUCAGUCCAUCCUGCCUGUGCAGCCUCCUGAGCAGAAAGAACAACCAGAUGCUGCUCCUGUCAGCGGCCCGCGCUGCGUUGCCCUCUUCGACUACGAGGGGGAGGAGGAGGACGAGCUCACCUUCUCCCAGGGCGACGUCAUCGCUCUCCUCGAGCUCAUGGGGCAGGAGUGGGGGCGGGGCCAGAUCCACGGGCGAGUAGGGAUAUUCCCGCUGAACUUCACUGAGGUCACGGAGCCGCCGCCGCCACCUCAGUCGGUGACGUCGCCCGAGGAAACGACAAAAACAGCGCUGGAUACGACGGUGACAGAAACGUCUUCUGCACUGAAGACGCCACAGGAUUUGCAGACAGAGGAGUGGGAGGUGGCUCUGUUUGACUUCCCCGGUCAGGCGGUGGACGACCUGUCCUUCCACAAGGGGGCGCUGAUCCUGGUGACAGAGCGCGUUGACGCAGAGUGGAGGAGAGGAAGACUGGAGGGGAGGGAGGGGCUUUACCCUGCCGCCUUCACACAACCCUGCCAGGCUCGGCCAAUCACAGAGCAGCAGCAGACGGCUGGGGUGGCGGCUAAAGGAGCGGCGAAGGCGUUGUUUGACUUUGUGGCGGAGAGCGAGGACGAGAUCAUGCUGAAGGUGGGUGACAUCAUCACUGAGGUGGAGGCUGUGAAUGAGCAGUGGAUUGUGGGAGUUGUGGGAGGGAGACGUGGGAUCGUCCCCAAAAACUACGUUUCUCUUCUCUGACGAGAAAAUGACAAAUAACGGCCGUCUAAAAGUAUUUUAAACGUAACAAAAGCAGCUUGGUUUGUUUGGUUUGCUUCUGUUUUUUGUUUUAUUCCUGACUUCAGAAACAAAAAAGAUGUCUGAUGGGAUUAACAAAACGCUCAGUGUCGGACGUUGCAAUCUUUUCCUUCGUGGAAGUGGAUUUCAGUGGAUUUUUUGAAACCAUGAAGAUCUUGAACUCUUUUCUCCACAAACUUGUUAUGACAGGAUUUAAUAUAAAGACGGUUGAGCGGGACAUUUCAGUGGGACGCGGGACAUCUAAGUAAGACAUUUCAAUGGAAUGUCCAAGAAGUUUUAAUGGGACAUCUGAGCAGGACAUUUCAACAGAUUGUCCUUUCAAGAUGUUUCAGUGGAACAUCUGAGAGGGACGUUCCAACAGAAUGUCUGAGCAGAACGUGUCUAUAGGACAUCUAAGUGGGACGUUUCAAUUGAUCAUCUGAGUGGGACGUUUGAGUGGGAAUACGAAACGGAACAUUUGAGCAGGAUUUCUCAAUGGGACGUUUCUGUAGGACAUGUGUGGGACGGAACAGUUGGACGCCUGAGCGGGACAUUUCUGUGGAAUAUUUGAUCGGGAUGUUUAAGUGGAACACUUCAACGGGACAUUUCGGUGGAUGUCGCAGUGGGGACUCUUCUGUUUGUCUACGUUGGACACUUGAGUUGGAGUUCUCAGUGGGGUGCAUGAGCGGCUUUUACUCUGCGACUUCAGCUCUUCGUAGCUCGCUGCGUCGAAACAGAAGCUGCUGAGCUCAGCAGAUUCACACUCGACGUAAUGAACCUUUAAUUCUGCUGAGUCACAGUUUGAAUCAUCACUACAAAAGUGUUUGGUUUUUUUAUCAUUUCACAGAAAGUCGUAAAUUUCCUUUCAUGGCAGUGCGCGUUUUUCAAAAUGUGGGGCAUUUUAAUCCCUAUUUAUUUAGUUUAUUUUUUCCCAGAUUAAAACUGACACCAUGUGCUAAUGCUAAUCUAACGUUAACUUACAUAAACUUCAGUUUCAGUCCCGCCCCCAUACGGACACUGCCCAAAUUCUCGAUAUAAUAUCGGGACAUUGGCUGUUUUGUUUUUUUCAACUCUGCAGCGCACAAUUUUCUUUUUAUUUUGUUAAAUAACUUGACGUCGACUUUUAACCUAAUUUCAUUGCAGGAAAAGUGGUGAAAAAAGAGUGUGAAAAAAGCACCCGAAAAUAAACACAUUAGCAAUAGGUUUUUGUUACAAUUUGCAUCAAUUAAUGACUGAUACAAAGUGAGCCACAGACUGAUGACGGAUUUUUUUGCAAACUUUAAAAUUAAAGUCGCCUAAAUCCGAUUUAUUGCUAUUUAUUUGCGACGUUUCUCUCUCCUGCUUCGCGUUCACAAACACUUCAUCUUCUCCAUUUUUACUUUGACUGAAGAUAAAACACUAAGGUCAGUGUUCUCUUAUACUCGCCCUUAUUCAGUUAUUUAUUCUCGUUUGUAUUUUUGAAAAUUUCAGUCACUUUUUCGCUAACGUGGUGUCGGAGGCGUCUCUGGAACUGUGUGUUUUUCACGUGUAACCAAACAUUCCCAAGUUUUUAAUCCAAAUAAAAUGUUCAUCAUUUCAUAUUAAA